GUCCAUCUGGGCAGCGCUGCGGGGUGUGGGGUCGGUCCCGCGUGUCCCGGCUGUAGGGUCGCGGGGCGCUGUCUGGCCUGGGCUGGAGCCCUGGCGCUGCCUGUGGGACAGCUCUGAGCCCCGCCCGAGCUGGGAGCGAUGGGGGGUCCCAACCCCAAGAGCCCCCCCUCGCUGUGACACCCCUCCCAGCACAAAUAACCCCUCCUUCCCAGGCAGGGGGGCUGAGACUGUGUAGUGGGGGCGCUCGAAGCCACUGAACCUGGAGAUGAUGGAGACCACGCCAAGCUGGGGGUGCAGCAGCCCCCCAGUUCCAGCACUGAUGUCCCCAGGGGCCUCAGUUGGGGCCUGACCCCUCCUAGCCUGGAGCUCAGAACUGACAACCAGCUGUUGGGGGGCAGGGACCCGUCCCCUGGGGCUGCGCUGCCUCCUGCUGGUUUGCUCCCUCCAAGCCCUUGGGGGAUUGUUCUGGCCUGGCCGGUGGCUGGGACUCGCCAGCUGGGUGCAGCCUGUCCCGGGCGGUGCCCGACGCCCCAGCCAGGUUCCUGGGCACGGCUGCGCUGACCUUGUUUCAGGUCAGUCCCGGAGAAGCGUCCUUGCCCCAUCGCACAGCUGGGGAGUGUCUCACUUCCCCUGGGGGGAGCCGCUGUGGCUGGGAGGCAGGGGCUGAAGCAGGGAAGGGCCCCUCCAGGCUGGAACAGAGCCUAGUGCCCCAGGCCGCAGCCCCGGGCCUGCUGGCAUUUGUCUCCGUGUUUUCGGAUGCUGAAUGCCAGCUGGCCGAGCUGUGAUGAGAACGACCUCCCGUCAGCCCCCUGAUCCCUCUGCUCUGGGCAUUGGCCCCACAAGUCUGUCAGGGGUGCCCUGGGGGACAGCCGCUCCCUCCCAGCCCCCACGUGGUGCAUCUCUGUUCCUGGUUCCUCUCUGCCCUCGUCCUGUGGCCCCAUCUCACCUCUGACCUAGAACGGCGCCGCCCGGCCCGCCUCAGCUGGGUGGGGCAGGGCCGUACCCUGGAGUCUGGUUGCUCGGGGAUGACGGUGACCCCCACCCACCCCCGGGUGCUGCCUGCACACCCCUGCUCCCAGCACCUGGGGGCUGGAUGGGAUCAGCUAGCAGGGCCUCUCGACAUGUGAGCUGGGGCCAGGCUCUGUCCCUGCUGGCUCAGCUCCAUGUCGCGGGAUCUUGGGGGCCGUGGCCAUGGCUUGUGCCAGGGCCUGCGAGCUUGACGGGCUCUGACAAGCCAGGCCGUGCUGGAGCUGCUGGGGCCUGGGAGCCAGGCCCAUCCUUGGGCUCGGGCUGGCCUCAGCUCUCCCCGAAUCUCUCCCCAGAGGCCCCUGCUGGUGGGUGGGCUGUCGUUCUGCAGCUUCCUGGAGGCGCACUGCCCCGUCGUCUGCGAGCCCUUCUACCCCACACCCUGGUGCUUCGAGGGGCGGCUCCAGACCCUGCUGCGUUUCUUCCUCCAGUCCCGGCUCCAGGUCUCCUACCGAAGCGAGUUGCUCCGCACGGCGGAUGGAGGGCAGCUGCUGCUGGACUGGGUGGACAAUGCAGAGAUCCAGCGGUACCCGGAGCCUGGCACACGCCCCACUGUCCUGCUGCUGCCAGGCCUCACCAGCAACAGCCAGGCCACCUACGUCCUGCACCUGGUGCAGCAGGCCUCCCGUGCGGGAUUCAGACCCCCAGAGCCUUCUGCGCAAGCAACACGGAGGACCUGCAGACCGUGAUCACCCACAUCAAGGCCCAGCACCCGCGGGCACCACUGCUGGCUGUGGGUGUCUCGCUAGGCGGGAUCCUGGUGCUGAAGUACCUGGCGCAGCGGGGGCAUAACACGGGGCUGGUGGCUGCCAUGACCUUGUCCGUCCCCUGGGACACGGAGGAUUCCAGCCGCUCGCUGGAGCAGCCGCUCAACUUCCUGCUGUUCAACCGGCGCCUCACGGCCAACCUCUGCCACCUCGUGAGCCGGCACAGGAAGGUGAUUGCAGAGAAGGUGGAUGUGGAGCACGUACUGCAGGUAUGCUGUGUGUCCCCCUGCCAUAUCCUCCCCUGCCCAGCCGCACCCCUGGCCCUGACCCCCUCUCUGCCCCAGGCACGCAGCAUCCGGGAGUUUGACGAGCGCUACACGGCUGUGGUGUUCGGCUACGGGACGUGUGCUGCAUACUACCGGGACGCCAGCCCCUCGCACUUGGUACACGCCGUGCGCCUGCCUGUGCUGUGCCUCAACGCAGCCGACGACCCCUUCUCGCCGCUGCAGGGUGAGUGCUGGGGGGCUGGGGGCUCUGGGCCCAGCGGGGCUGGCCUGCCUGACUCGCUCUCUUUCAGCCAUCCCCCUGGCUGUGGCACGGCGUCUCCCCACGCUGGCGGUGCUGGUGACGGCACGUGGCGGGCACAUCGGCUUCCUGGAGGGGCUCUUCCCCCGGCACGAGAGCUACAUGGACCGCGUCUUCGCCCAGUUCCUCACUGCCGCCUUCGAGCACAGCCAGGAGCUGAGCUGCAGCCUGGGACCCGAGCGCCCAGCCCCACAAUAAAGCUCCUGCCCGGCUACCUCCUGUCCUCUAUGAGCUACAGGGAGGAGACAGGGCACCAGGCCAGGGCUCGGCUGCAGCGACACCAACUGUGGGGGCCAGCCGGGCUCUGGGGCAGGGCUGAGACCUGGGCCCUAGAGGGGAUAGGCCCUGCUGGACCCCUGCCUGGGGACGACUGGGGGAGCUGUAUGGAGACCAGCUUUGGGAGCCUCACUGCCCAGCUUCUUCCCAGGGGAUAUCCUGCCUCCUGGGGGAGGGGCAGAACCAUGGCCGUGCACCCUGGGCAGCUGAACAGGGUGGGCUCCCCCCAGCCAGGCUCUGGCUCAGAGGAGCUUGUGCCAGGCCAGGCCUGCCCAACACCGGGCCCAGGGCCAGUGGAGCCAACUGGCUGGGGUCUUGUGCAGUGACUGGCCCAACCUGGGCCCAGAC